AAAAUUUCCUCUAAAUAACACUCUCCCAUUCAAUCCAACCCUGUGACGAGGGUCUGUUCACCCCUGUUCGGACGGCAACAGCCCGUUCGGGAAUUUUCAACACGGCCGGAGCAUGCGCAACGGCGGACGCCACAUUUGCCAAUUCUAUUCCACGCUUCGUCCUUCAGCCACGCUGUUUCGCAUUUUUAUUGAUAAAUCAAUAUCAGCCUGCCGAAAUGUCAACGAGCGUUUGUGGUGAAUAGAGCGUAGAUUCGAGCGCACGCAAAACGAAAACCGCCAUGGGUGACCGCGGGGUGUAGUGCCGGAUCGUACCGAAAGAAAAAAAAAACAAACAAAACAAACAAAUAACAAAAUUUCGGCACAAACGAACGAUUGCAGGCGGGAAAAACACCAAAUUCGACCAACUUUUACACGCUGUGGAAAUAGUGCUAUUUUACCGUGCGCGCUUUGUGCUAUCAUUUGAAGGAGCGGUGACCAUUUGGUGGUGGCUAGGCGCGAUAACUCACGGCACCCUCGAGAGAAGAUGCACCCCGCAAGGAUGUAACCAACAGGAAACAACAGCAGGAACCAAAGGGGUCAGUCAGUCAGAACCGAACCGAACCGCAAAGCGUACCAAACACUCACAAUCCUCAUCGUUCUAUCUAUACACAGUACUUUUUACUGCUUACCAUAUCGAAAAUACUCAACUUUUGGCUGUUUUGAACGAGAUUUACCGCGUGUGAGCGUUUAGUUCACACUUUUACAAUUUACUCUUGAGCCUGUUACAGUGUACCGGGAAAACCAACAAAAAAAAAGGAAAAAACAUAUACCUGUGCUCCGUCUCCAAUCAGUAUUAUUACCGAAUUUAGAGAGCAAAAACCCUCCACCACCCCCAAAAGCGCACAGUCAGGACUUUUUUCUGCGGCGCACAUAUAUUUAUCUUCCGAAAACAAACCGAAUGCAUAUCAGUAGCAAAUAGUAGUACCUAGUAGUAGUGGUGGCCAUCAUCAUCGUCGUCGUCGUCGUCAAGGAGCAGCUAGUAGAGCUAGUAGGCUGCGGUGCAGAGUUUGGUGCUAGAAAGGGAACCCCGAGAGCAUCCGGGAAGUGGUUCGCGGCGAAAACAUUUAGCAAAAGGCGUCUCGCUGACGUGUGUGUGUGUGUGUUUAUCAACAAGUGGAGCCAUCCGGUUUGGGGCUCGCGCACACACCAAAGUGCGGUCGUAGUCGUCCUCGUGAAUUCUGUUAUUGCUCUGGAGUGUUGUAUUGGUUAGCAAACAACUUGUCAGCGGUUCAGUACAUAUCGCCGGCCACCACGAACGACCACCGGUAAAGUCCACGCCGCACAAUGAAGCGCAGAAAUGACUACAAGGUUGCGAUGGCCGAAAGCGUCGAGUUGGAGCCACUGGGCGGCAUGGACAAGCUGUCCGAGACAGACAGCAAAAAGCGGAACGGCAUAAAUAAGUUCGGUGGCGACAGCUCGUCCCGGCCGGUACGCGAUGGCGUUGCGGUUUGCUCACAGAAACGGGCACUCUUUGUGACAGCAAUCGUCCUGGGAACAUUGCUAGCAACGGCCCUAGUGAUAGCGUACGCCGGUCCACAAACAGUAUGCCCGUGUGCCGGGAAAAUACCGCCCGGGUACGUGCCCGACGGUUACAACAGUUCGGAACCGUUUCAACCGAUCGCAACGAAUGGCCAACCGUUUCCGUGGCUUCUGCCCACGUUACCGAGCAACGUGAAGCCAAAUCGGUACAUUCUGACCAUACAUCCCAAUCUAACGACGCUGGACGUUAAAGGUCAAGUGUCGAUAGAGCUGUACGUGGAGAAGGAAACCAAUUUCGUGGUGCUGCACGCCCAGGAUCUCAACAUUACCGAAAAGGCACUGGUGGGACCGAAAGGAUUUGCGCUGAAAAUUCUUCGCAUGCUGGAGUACACACCGCGCCAGCAGCUGUACAUCGAAACGAGGGAAAAGCUGCGGAAAAAGGCAAACUACACGCUCAGCAUACGAUGGCACUCGAAGAUGAUACUCGAUCAGUUCGAAGGCGAUUUCGAUCUGAAAAAGACAUUAGCAGCAACGGUUCUGAAGCCCGGCAGCACUCGAAAAGCAUUUCCAUGCUUUGAUGAACCACAUCUGAGGGCAGCAUUCAAGAUCUCUCUGUUCCGGGAUCGGUUCCACAUAGGGCUGUCCAACUCGAUCGUGCAGGAUACGGACGAUGUUGGCUUUUACAUGGGAACGGGAUUGCUUCGUGACGAUUUUGCCGAAACACCACCACUUCCACCAGAUUCAGUCUCGUGGGUCAUCAGCGACUUCAAGCGGGAGCUGCUGGAGCCAUCGGCGAAAUAUCAAAAGGUCAACGCGAGCAGCAACGGGGGCCCAGGAGCCGGCACGGGAAAGCUGUCCGCACAAGGCGCAAGUGCAGCAGGACCGGGUAAUGGAAAGGCGGCAACAUCCAAGGUGGCCAAAACGGACAAAAAACCAUUCCGUCAUCUUACCGCCGUACUGCUGUCGAAGAACCUGUUCAAGCUCACCAACAACCCUCCAACCAAGGAACCAUCUCAGAUGUCCGAAGGCAAUGGCACGAUCAGUGCGGUUGAGUCGGGUGCAGUGCCGAAAGCGAACGGUACCGUGCUGCAAGAACAGGAUGCAGUGUGGAACGGUGACACGGCACUGAUACGUACCGCACCGGCCUACUCGUUCUACGCACCUGAAACACACAUCGCCAAGGGUUCGUUCAUUCUGCACACUUCGCGCGAUAUUUUGGAGUAUCUGCAGCAGUGGCUGUCGGUGGCGUACCCACUUUCCAAGCUCGACUUUGUGGCCCUGCCCGCCCUGCUCGACGAUUUGUCCAGCUCGCUCGGGCUGAUCGUGUGUCGGACGUCGUUCCUGAACGAACCGACCGCCAUCUCGUCGAAGGAGUACCACAUGUCGGUGGUAAAAAUUUCCGAAGGCAUCGUUAAGCAAUAUUUCGGCGGGCUUAUCUCGCCCAAAGCCUGGAAGCACAAAUGGCUCUGGGAGGGUCUUAUACGGUACUUGAGCCGAUUCCUGCUGGCCACCAUUCAACCGCUGUGGCCGAUGAAGGAACUGUUUCUGAUCGACACGCUGACGAAGGCACUGGACAUCGAUGCACUGCAGGGCUGGGAAAGCAUCAGUGCCGGGGCCAGCGAUUCCGGCAACAAUGAUCCGUUUUACGUGGACAAAUCGGCCGCACUCAUGUCGAUGCUGCAGUCCGCCAUUGGCGAGCGGCACUUUCGCCAGUGUUUGGGCAAGUUUCUGAAAACUUACCAGUUCCAGACGGCCGAACCGAGCGAUCUGUGGGCGAUCUGCGCGAAACAAGUUAACAACAGCAAGUACGUGAAGGAAAUGAUGAACCAGUGGACCAACACGGCCGCCUUCCCGCUGCUGAACGUGACGAUGAACGGGACCAGUCUCACCGUGAGACAGACCGGAUUCCGCCCGGCCGAGUACCUGGCAAUCUAUGACGAGCCGAUGGAGGACAUCGAGCUGGACGGAGAGACGUCGCGAAGCACCACAACGACAACAACAACGACGGCUGCACCGACCGAUUCUUCGGGCAAGAGUGGCCACGAUGCAGGAUCGCGAUGGAUCUUUCCGAUUCACUACAUCACGGAUGUGCUUAACACAAAUGAGACGUCGAUCGAACACAAGGAACAGCAAAGCUUAAUCAUCUGGCUGAACUCGAGCGAAGUGAUAAUCACGUUAAACCACACCGCCCAGUGGAUCAAACUGAAUCACGGUCAAACGGGAUACUAUCGUGUUCUGUACGAUGAAGCAAACUGGGCCAAGCUGGUGGAGCAGAUGCAGAUCAACAAUGCUGUAUUUAGUACGCAGGACCGCGUCGGACUAGUUUCGGACAUAUUUACCCUUUGCCACGCCAAUCUCAUACCAUGCCACGCCGCGAUGGAAUUAAUAUCGUACUUCCCGAAGGAAAAGGAAUGGGGUCCGAUCGUGCUGGGCACAAGCCACCUCGAGAAGUGGAGAAAAAUUCUCAAAUACUCCGAGUGCUACCUGGUGCUGGCCGAAUACGUGCGUCAAAAUCUGGAAAAGUCCAUCCAAGUGCUUGGCUGGGAAGAUACCGGCGAGGACGAAACGAAGCUACUGCGCCCGGUCCUGAUGCUCAGUGCAGCGCUCUGGGAGGAAGCGGAAACAAUCAAAUUUGCCAAGGGACUGGUGACCAACUUUACUACCCACUCGGUACCGAUACCACCUAACCUGCGCUCCGUCGCCUACAUCGGGUCGGUGCUGUCCGGCGAGUUCCAGUACUGGCAGUUCUGCUGGGAUCGCUACAUGGCCGUGCGGCGCGAGAAAAGCUCCGUGCUGGAGGAGCGAAUGGAGUUGCUGCGGGCGCUGGGCGUUACGAAGGACGCCUGGCUGCAGAACCGGCUGCUCUCGCACGUCAUCACGCUGCCCGUGUUUGAGAUUGUGCAGGUGCUGGACGCGAUCGCCGGUACGCCGACCGGCGGCGCAAUGGCGUGCCGGUUUUUGCAGGCGAAAUGGUUCGACUUCCAGUCGAAGCUGGGCCGCGGCACGGUCCAGUUUGCUCGGGUCAUCUCCGCCAUCACGCAAUAUGGCUCCACAAAGUUCGACUACGAUGAGCUAAAAUCAUUGGUGGCACGAUUCGGGGACGGACCAGGCCUAAAGCUGCUUAACAUGACGCUCAGUACGGUGGCCGCUAACGUGGAGUGGGUCAGUCGCUCACAAGCAUCCAUAUACAGCUGGAUCGAGAGCAAAUAUCACUUUUGAUUAGAGCAGCGAGCGAUAGAGGAUGGGGAGUAGAUUUCGUUUCUCGUGCGAUCCAACUUUUUUCAUCCCUGCGCGGCAACUUCUUUUUUCUUCUUCUACGAUUAUCGAUAUUUUUGGGAUGCCUUCUUUCGAGGGUUGAGACGCGAGAUGUAGCAAAAAUAAGAAACAAAGUGUACGGAAACAAAGAUAGUGACAAACGGAGGACAAUUUCGAAGACAAGCAAGCUGGGGGCGGCAAGAAUGCAUUUAUCGUAGUACAAUCUCAAGACUCCUUUUAUAGAUACCAAGAGGACGGCGCGCUCGUGCAGGAGGCGAAGGUGUUCUUCAAUCUUCCACUGUCUACGGUUUAGGUAUAUAGGUGUAAAUAUAUAUAUUCUACAAACAUAUAAGUUACCAAAGAAUGCAAAGAAUAGUUUGUGUGAUCGACAAUUUAUAUCGUAUAUCUCGCCACUAACUUAAGGAAAGACAUAGCGAAAACCCAGAACAACCCAAACCAUAACAACCAUCAUACACAGAAUCCAAAAACGCUCCGCUGAAACCCCGAUAGUGAUUGAAGGAUGCACAGAAUGCAGACCCAGCAAAGCCCCCCUCCAAUUGGUGUGAUGUUUCGGUGCGUUUAGCUAUUUAGGCUGCUAUUUGGUGCUGAACACGCCCGCUCGGUGUAUGAUGGCGUGUGCGUGUCCCUGCUAGGAAUAGGCACUUUUCUCUUGUCCGCAUGCAAUCUGCAAUCGCCACGCAGGAGCAGGAUGCACCAACCAGAACAUUAACCAACCAUGAGGCAGAGGAUGGAGAGGGAAGGAGAGAAGAUCGUAAGGCUACUCUAGUGAAGAUCAUUAAACUACAAUCCUAUGUUCGGUGUUCAGUGCGUGUGUAUGCGUCUGAAGACCGCCAUGUUUGCAUCAGCAGCGUUUUACGUUGAAUAAUAUGAAUAAUCAGUGUUCAGUAUUGGUUCUAGUGCAUCUAUCAUCACUCCUUUCUCUCUCUCUCUCUCUAUCUAUCUCUCUCUCUCUUUCUGCAACAUGUGUACUUUUCUUUGCAAGUUAAACAGAAACAGGAAACAAGCAAACACGAAACUGCAUACCAUGGAAAACAAACUAAAUAAAUGGUGUGAAAAUGA